AUGGCUUCCGGGCACAACUCAGCAUACUCCGCGUCGACUCAUCAUCGUGCACUAGGUGAUGGACGCUCCUCGUUCAGUCAGGAUGGCGGCUCCGCCGAUGGGAGCUGGCAGGAUGGAAUCACAAGGACUGGGAGGAACAGGCGGUCCGAGUCUGGAGGGAGCAGCAACAUGGGCGGACGAGGAGGAUCAUUUGUGCCCUCAUUAGCUCCCUCCAUUGGUGGGCCAGGUAGCUUUAGUGCGGAGCUCAAAAGCUCGACUUCACGCAGUGUCACACCCCGACCGGACGGCCAAUACAACAGGCGUGCGAGCAGAUCGAUCGGCGAGGAGGACUUUCACACAACCGAGGAGCGACAGGCGUUCCUGCGAGACAGGAUCGCGAAGGAAUUGAAGAUCAAGAGUGGAACCGAGAAUAUGCUGGAGGCAUUGUUAUCAAAACCACUGAAGCAAACCAAAGAACAGCGACUCAAGGUGGAGUCAGAAUUGAGCUCAUCGAACCGCAAGUUGGUCGAAUUGCAGCAUGAGCUGGAAGAAGAAAUAUUACGUGCGCAAGCGCCGGCCUCGACUCCUCCACGCAGUAGCCGCAUUUCGAGUCUUUUCCGAGCUAGCCCCAUGCGCUCACCAUCUCGAAACAAGGAUGCUAUCGGCUCGGCCAACGGCGAUGGGGAAGAAAUUGGUGAUGGUGAUGUGGAGUCGCCAACCUAUGUCCUCUCGGAAACGCUGCAGGCGUUGGAGAUAGAGGGAAUGUCUCCUGAUUUCUAUGUCGAGCGCGCCAACAGCUUGGUUGAAUUGUUCAAACGGCACCCUACAUUAAAGUAUGACCUCGCAUGGCCUGUUUUUGGCUUACGGGUUCAAGUCAUGCUUUUGAGUGACAGUAAAGAGGUGGUAGCUGCGGGCUAUCGACUAACACGCUAUGCCAUCGCUGAUCGCAAAUCCCUACAAAUAAUCCGAACCCUCCAUACCGAUGAGCUUGUCAUAUUGUCCCUGGUUAAAGAAACCAAGGCAAGCAUUGAGAGGGAACAGGCGUUGAAGUUUGUGAGAGGGUUUUUGGAUGUCAAAGACGGUGUCCGAGAGAUAUCACGCGCCGUUGUGCGGACCAUCGUUGCGGUUGCUGAACAUCAUGAAGAUCGUCUUCGGAACAUUUCAAUCAUGACUGUGGCUGAGAUGUUAGUCAAAGAUCCUGAACUGGUUGCUUCUGCCGGCGGAUUUGCUGCCCUUCAUGAUGCGCUUGCAGAAGGGACAUUCGGCGCCUCGGAGUCUCUGAUAUCAAGUUUCCUGCAUGUUGUGGACACCCCCCGUAGUCGAAAGUUUCUCCAAGGUUCUGAACUUGAAGCUGUUCUUACACCUUUCACGGAUUCAUUAUCUGAUACGCUACGCAAUGGGCGAUUAAAGUCUGCAGCGCGGGCAAUUUCUACGAUGCUCAAGACUUGGCCCGGGCUGGUUAUUCUUGCAAGGCAUGACUCACAACCGUUGCGUUCUCUCCUUGAUUCGCUUCACUACAAUGACCCCAUAGCCCGAGACCUCAUUAUGGAGCUGUUGUUCGACGCUCUGCGAAUAAAACCUCCUUCCUGGUCCUCAUCUUUCCUUGCAGGCAGACGACUCACAACUUAUGGCAGAGUGUCGAAUCUUCGCUCUGAUGUCGAAACAAGAACCAGCCGCUCUUUCAACGACACUAAUAGCAACAGGUUCGAUUUGACUGCUCAUUUCUCUACCCUCAUAUUGGCCGGUUUGGUAGAGGCAGGGCUCCCAAAUGUUCUCUCCGAUGUCAUUGAGGACGAAGCAGAUCUCUCUCUCAGACGCAAAGCAACCCUGCUACUAACGGAGGUUCUCAAGCUCGCCCAUCAUUCCUUGCCCCAAGCCGUCAGUGCAAAACUUCAAGUCCUUCCACACCUUCUUCCACCCGCAAUCGACUUCGAAACUGAGAAUCACGACCUUUCAACCGCAACUAUCUUCCAAAUCGAUAGUAUUAACCGGACAUUGGCGCGCUCUGGUGGAUAUCCCAGUGGGCAGGGUCGAUACAACAUGGAGACUGAUUUAUCGGCUUCUCUGCUUCCCGUGGAGCAAGGGAAAGACAAGAUGAGCCCUUCCAUGGAUGAGACCCAGUUCCGCAAUGCCAUCCUAGAGACGCACGUCCUGAACACAGUCAACUUCAAUAAGUGGAAAUGGGACAUUAUUCAUCGUCUAGUGGAGGGCCCUCUCACAAAUCCGAAAAGAAUGGACGAGGCUAUCAAAGGCUCCAAGUUCAUGAAACGUCUCAUUGGGUUUUACCGGCCUUUCAAGUAUCGGUUCUCCAUGGUUCCAAACACAAAGGCAAAUCAGCGAUAUGUUCGAACCGGCUGUGUUCUCAUGCGCACUCUCGUUAUGACCCCCGAGGGCACUAAGUAUUUGGCGGAGAAUAAAUUCCUUCGCCAGGUUGCAGAAUGUCUGGCCCAGCUGGACCGCAUGAGCGGGCUAACGUCUACGUCCCCACUUUUCUCCAAAGAUCAGAUGGCUACUACUCUAAGUGGAGGGUACUUUGCAAUGCUAGGAGCAUUGAGUGGUGAUGUAAACGGGCUGCUCAUGAUGGAACGAUGGCAUAUGCUCAACAUGUUUUAUCACAUCAUUGAGCUGCGAGACCGGAAUGAUCUCAUUCAGACUUUGUUAGGAAACAUGGACUACAGUCGCGAAAGUCAUCUCCGGGUCAUGCUUUCUAAGGCCCUGACAAUUGGUUCCAAGGAAAUCCGGAUCUUUGCAACGAGACUCCUGCGCAAAUAUGCUGUCGGGGAUUUAGCACUUUCGCCUCACGUGGCGAUUGGCAAUGCAGAAUGGGUAGUCAAACUUCUUGUUACCCAAUUGUACGAUCCUGAGGUCACUGUCUGCCAGGUUGCUGUGAAAAUACUUGAAGAGGCAUGCAAUCAACGCGAUUAUCUCGAGUUCGUGGUCAAAUGCCGACCUUCCCUCGAUCACCUGGGUGAAAUCGGCGCACCGCUUCUUCUCCGAUUCCUAUCAACUUCCGUUGGAUAUCACUAUCUGGAUGGUCUUGAUUACAUCACCCAAGAAAUGGAUGACUGGUUCCUUGGCCGCAACGAUAGCUAUGUUGGUCUUGUUGAGGCUGCUCUUUCCCGAGCUUAUGUCGAGCAACCGCGACGAAACAGCCUUAUCCCCGAGGAUCUGGUGGAUCUGCAGGAUAUUGGGUUGGUACCACCGCAUUUCUACCGAGAACUUGCAAGAACUGCCGAGGGGUGUAAGUUGUUGGAACAAUCGGGUCAUUUCAAUGAAUUUGCUUGGACAAUUCGUGAUUUUAGACUUGACGAAGAAGACAACGAAUUGCUUCUCAAGGCUAAAGGAUGUCUCUGGGCUGUUGGUAAUGUCGGCUCAAUGGAACUCGGUGCACCAUUCCUAGAUGCUGAGAUCGUCGAACGGAUCGUGCAAAUAGCAACCAGUGCAGGAGUGCUUACUAUGCGAGGCACUGCUUUCUUCGUUUUGGGCUUGAUCUCUCGCAGUCGACACGGACUCCAAGUCCUGCGGGGUUUAGGCUGGGAUUCCGGCGUGGACCAAAAGGGAGAUUCACUGGGACUUUGUCUCCCUACCGAUUUCCGAAAAUUGUUCUUGAUUUCCUUCCCUGGCUUUGAUCAUAGAUUGAAGCGAACUCCCAAAGAGAAACUCAAGGAAGCCACUACGGACUCCGAUCCCGGCAACCAACGGAUCUUGAAGUUGAUCGUCGAUAUGGGCAACACGGUGCUCUCCAAACGAGCCGCUUCUGAUCUUCACAUCAUAAAAUCCAAACAACCUGAGCGAUUUCACCAAACUCAUCUCUUCCGCAAGACCCUAUGCAUCCUAGAAAGUCACCAUUACAGACUCCCAGCUCGACGUUUCGCCCUGGACUUAUUUGACAAGAGUGUCAUGAGACGAAUCGUCCUCGAUGAAGAUUCCGACUCGGAAUCGGACUCGUCAGGUACUUCUCAGUCAGAAUAA